AUGUCUCCAGCCCAUCAACCUCUGGCGCGUACAUCCUACGCAAUUCGGUCGAGAUCGACCGGGAUCACCGCGUCCACCUUGUGGCGGCGGGCCAAUGACAAGCCUUCUCUCGCCGACAAAGCCGCCAAUCAGCAGUAUCUCACCCCGCGAGAGGAACAGGCCCUCGCUGAAUAUGUAUUGCGGCUGGCAGACAACGGCUAUCCUCUUCCGGUUAAGUUUCUCAGAUCACUCGCCCUGAUUAUCGUGCGCCAACGGUCUUCCGUUUUUCAGACUACAGUCCCAAGCCUCAAGAUCCCACCUCCGGGAAAGAGCUGGCCGCAGGGCUUCUAUCGACGACAUCCACAGUUAAAAGCGCGACGGUUGCGAGCGAUCGAUUGGAAGCGAGAUGACCGGCAGAUUGAAGACAAAGUUCGACACUGGUUUGCCAUUAUUGGCCGAGAGCUGGCCGAUCCGGCCAUUCUCCCGGAGAAUGUGUAUAAUAUGGACGAGACAGGAGUGCUUCUCAGCGUUCUGAACUCCCUCAAAGUGCUCGUCGGCAGGGAUGAUUUGAGAAAGCAUCGAGGGACCACGGUGAAGCGCACGCUAGUCACGGCGAUUGAAUGCAUUUCCGCCGAUGGCCGGUCCCUGCACCCUCUCAUCAUCUGGCCGGCGGCCACCCAUCGUAGUUCCUGGACCACUCACGCUACCCCCGGAUGGCAUUAUGCCUGCUCCAAAACAGGCUAUACAAACACAGAAAUCAGUUUGUACUGGAUGAAGCAUGUGUUCGAUCCACAGACGCGAGACCGAGCCGGCGGUCGGCCACGACUGUUGAUCUGCGAUGGUUUCGGCACCCAUGAGUCUCUGGAAGUCUUGAAGUUCUGCUUUGCUAACCGCAUCAUUCUAUGUCGUCUCCCUUCUCAUACGUCGCACAAACUGCAGCCGUGCGAUGUGGGUGUCUUCAGUCUUCUGAAGACGGCAUACCGGGCACAGGUUGAGCAGGCAUGUCGGGCGGGGGUAAAUACCAUCGGCAAGCCACACUUCACUUAUCUUUAUGAUCGCGCCCGCGCAGAAGCAUUUACACUCCGCAAUAUACGAUCUACCUGGUCUAGAAGCGGUCUCUUUCCAUUCGACCCGUCUCGCGUCCUCAAAGAUGUCCAAGUGUCGCGGCCCGAGGUACAGGCCACCCCUGUGGAGCAUCCGACCGUGCCCUUCAAUCUCCAUCACACUCCGAACACCUCUGAUCAUUUCGCCUUGCUUUGCAGAGAGGUGGAGCAAAACACCUCUGAUCUAGACACUGGAUGCAAACAACGUCUUCAAACAUUAACCCACGCGGCCGAAAAGGUCUUCGCCGAGCGCGCCUUAUUGCUGGAGGAGAACCGGAUCCUAUUUGAGCAGAACAAUGAAAAGUCUUCUCGACAAUCCAGCGGCCAAACAGUCAUCGGACAUGCUAAAGUGAUGAGCUACGACGAUAUCGUUGAGGCGCAAAAGAAACGUGAUCUGGCGGUGGCGAAACCAGGCUCUACCCAGAAAAGGAGGUCGAAAGCCAGGGACAAACUGCCUUCAAAAAUGGAGGAAAAGUGCAGGGCUGAGCAGGAAAUUCGAACAUGGGAUAUGAAUGACUAUUGUUCGGUCUUAGAUUUAUAG